AUGGAGCUGUGGAACGAGCAGGGCACUAAGCCCUUGGAUGCCUCAAAACCCCAGCUUUGGGAGUCUUCUUCCCAACGAGAGGCAUCAAGAAUGACAGACGGGAAAGAUCUCCUCUCACCGCAACCACGACCAACAGUGCGUCGCCUCUCUUCGGCGACUGCCGAUUUCAAGGGCUUGAACAUUGGACCACAUGUUGUUGUACCACCUAAGCAUAUGGAUUCUCCCAGCAAUGCUCACGAAACAGCUGCUGCCCUUGAGCUGGCCAAACACCGUCUCAAGGAUCUCGAUUCAGGCGACGGUGUAGUCACACCUAGCACGCCUCCAGAGACAACGACUACAGAUAGCUACGCAUUCGCCUUCGAUAUUGAUGGAGUCCUCAUACGUGGUGGAAAGCCAAUACCAGAGGCAGUUGAAGCUAUGAAAGUCUUGAACGGUCAGAACGAGUACGGCAUCAAAGUUCCCUACAUCUUCCUCACGAACGGCGGUGGAAAGACGGAGCAGGAACGGUGUGUAGACCUGAGCAGACAGUUGGAACUCGAGAUCUCUCCCGGACAAUUCAUCUGUGGUCACACACCUAUGAGAGAGAUGGCACAGAAGUACAAGACAGUCCUUGUUGUGGGAGGAGAAGGCGAGAAGUGCCGCCUUGUGGCAGAAGGCUAUGGCUUCAGAGAUGUGGUCACUCCAGGCGAUAUCAUGAAAGACAACGACAGAACGACUCCAUUCCGAAGGCUCACCGACCAGGAGACACAGAACUCACGAGUCCGCAACUUUGGCGAAACCGAAAUCGAGGCUAUCUUUGUCUUUGCGGAUAGUCGUCACUGGGGGGACGAUCAGCAAAUCAUCAUUGAUCUACUUACAUCCAAGAAUGGCCGGCUUGGCACGAGCUCCGAGAACUACGAUGAAGGUCCGCCAAUCUACUUUUCCCAUAAUGACCUGAUAUGGUCUGCUGCCCACGAACACACACGCCUUGGCAUGGGCGCCCUCCGCUCCUCGUUAGAAGCGAUCUACAAAAGCAUCACAGGCAAAGACCUGGUAUCGACAGCGUUCGGCAAGCCCCAGCUUGGCACAUUCCAGUUUGCCACACGGUUACUCCAACAAUGGCGCAAAGACACUCACGGUAUCAACAAGCCGCCAGAAACUGUCUACUUUGUUGGCGAUACACCCGAAUCGGACAUUCGCGGUACCAACGAGUUCAACGAAUCUAAGCUGUCCGAAAAUGACUGGUACUCGAUACUUGUGCGGACGGGCGUAUUCAAAGAGGGAACGAAGCCACGGUACACGCCAAGAAUAACGGUCAACAACGUCCUUGAUGCCGUGAAUCAUGGCAUCAAGCGAGAGAUGAGCAAAGCCUCCAAGGCACAGGCUAAGAAUACUGAAGAGGCCAUCGAUGAAAUCGUUGAUGGUGUGCCCGUUGGUGACGAGUGA